GGGAGGAGCAUAAGGUCUUCAGGUUACCCUUAGUUGCUUACUCAAAAGCACCAAAAGAAAACUGAAAACAUGGGGAAAGACCAAGAUAACCAGGCUAAAGAAGCAAAUACUGAUGAAAAAAACAUCCAGCUUAAAAAGACAAUUGGCUAUUUAGAAGGGGUUAGCUUCAUAGUAGGCACAAUUAUAGGUGCAGGAAUUUUUGUCUCCCCAACUGGAGUGCUCAAAUAUUCUUUACUCAAUGUUGGUGUGUCUUUAAUAAUCUGGGCUGCUUGUGGCAUCAUCUCGCUGAUGGGUGCUCUCUGUUAUGCAGAGUUAAUCACAGCACUGCCAUUUUCAGGAGGGGAAUUCAGUUACAUAAAAAGAGCCCUGGGCUCUCCACUGGCUUUUAUCUUUUUAUGGACAGCCUUGUUUAAUAAACCAGCUUCUAAUGCUGCUCGAGCCUUGUUGUUUUCCGAAUAUGCCAUUCAACCUUUUUAUGGACAGUGCCCAGCUCCUGAGAUGGCAAAGAAAAGUUUGGCAUUGGCUGUUCUCUGGUUCCUUGGGAUUCUCAAUGGGCGAAGUGUCAAGAUGGCUGCCUGGGUGCAGACUGUUUUUACCUUUCUCAAGAUGAUGGCUCUCUCCAUUAUUGCAAUUGGUGGAAUAGUUCUAUUGAUCAGAGGAAACAAAAAGAAUACAGCUAGAUUUGAAAAUGCUUUCAGUUCAGAGAUGCCAGAUGCUGUGCAGAUCUCAGAAGCAUUUUUCCAAGGGUUGUAUGCAUAUGGUGGCUGGUGGUCACUCAGCUACUUGGCAGAGGAGAUUAAAAAUCCAAGCAGAAACAUUCUUUGGACUGUGAUGACUGCACUUCCUUUAAUCAUUAUUUUCUAUUUGCUAGUUAACAUUUCAUAUCUGACAGUUCUCACACCACAGGAAAUUGUUUCCUCAGUUGUUGUAGCAGUCAUAUGGGCUGAGAGAGUAAUCCCUUCAUUUGCUUGGAUAAUUCCUGCAUCUGUGGCUGUUUCUAUAUUUGGUGCCCUCAACGGCAGCGUGUUCACUCUUGGACGGUUGAGCUAUGCUGCGAGUCAGUCUGGACACUUGCCCAUUAUAGUAUCCAUGCUUAAUAUCCACCACUCUACUCCAGCACCCGCCAUGAUUUUGUCCACCAUUAUUGCAACUGCUUUUCUCAUUUCAUCAGAUCUAAUUGCUUUAAUGAAUUAUUUUGGAUUCUCCAUUUGGCUUAUGACUGGACUAACAUGCGCUAGUGUCAUUGUCCUCCGAUAUCGAGAGCCUGAUCUACACAGGCCAUACAAGGUUUGUUUACCAGUUGCCUUUGGAAUGGUGGCCAUUUCUUUGUUCUUAGUUUUGAUUCCUAUAAUUUGGUCUCCGAAAGUGCAGUAUUUAUAUGCUUUCCUUUUCAUGGUUGGUGGUUUUCUUUUAUACUUGCCCUUCAUACAUUUUCAAAUACAUUUUGAGUGGCUUGAUAAAAUGACUUGCUAUCUGCAGCUGCUGCUCGAGGUUUCGCCUGCUAAUUAUAAAUCUGAAUAAUGCCAACAUUUGAAACUGCAGUAGGAACAAAAUGUUGCUUGUGCAGCAUAGCAACAGCUUCUGAUACUUCCCUUGUUGCUUUUUUAAAAAUAUAUGCAUGUUGGUGAAAUGUAUGUUGUUAUGCACAUACACACUAGUGGCUUUUUGUCAAAAGAUCUUGAUUGAAUAAACCCUGUAGCCAGUGGUGGGAUUCAAAUAUGUGAGCAACCAGUUCUCUGUGUGGAUGCGGCUUCCAGAAGUCCAUUCUGGGCCUGGGCAACAAAAAAAUAGCUACCGGUUCUGCCAAAGUGGUGCGAACCGGCUGAAUCCCACCACUGUCUGUAGCUGUAAUGGCAACAUUAAGGUGAAUGGACUUCAACUUCCAGCAUGCUGGCUGGGGAAUUCUGGGAGUUGAAGUCCACACAUCUUAAAGUUGCCAAAAUACUGCUGUAGUUUUUUCAAAUCCUCUGAAAAAAAACUUCUUGGAUUCUGGGAUACUUAGGGGAUGCAGUGGAGGAAGACUGAAAAAAAAUCUCUAUGUGAGCAAUAGUCUGGCUUUUCUACCAUUGCCUAGUUAAACAGACCUUAGUCACCUGAAAAAGAUUGUGUGUGUGUGGUGAUAACUUUAACAUUGCUUGUAGAUUAUUCACAGUUAAAUUUGGUACCAUGGGAGAAAAAGAAUUCCGAUUUUUUCUUUAACUACUUGUAUGAAAAAGAACUUGGAUAAAACUUGAUCCUGGGAAUGGGACUGGAGGCUUGGGGGCAGGAUUCUCCAUAGUCUGUAAAUGUGUUUUUAUUUUUUAAUUUAAACUGCUUAUGAGUUAAAUGUACUAAAAUAGAACAUUUGGAUCUAUAUUAUAUAUUAUAUAUAUUUUAUAAUACAUAUUUCCUAAAAUCAUUUGUAUAUUUUACUUCUAACAUAAAAAAAGAAUAUAACACUGAAAACUGAAAAUAUUUUUAACAUAAUUAACAUAAUUAAGGAGAAAACCCUAACUUUUUUUACCACCUUUGUUAAAAAUUGAAAAUCUAAGAUGAUCUAUGACCAAUUCAAAGUAGUUUUUUCUUUAACAUCAUUGUAUCAGGCUUCAACAUCACACAGUUCAGUUAUUUUUCAAAUGCUUUUUGUGCCUUUGUCCCCAUCUGGAUUACUACAGUUUUUACCUACUACUAAAGAGCAUCUUUCCUACUUGACAUGAUUGAAAAAGAGAUUGUGCUAUGUUCACAUAUUCAAAGUAAAAAGUACCAUCAUAGUUUAAGGGGAUUAUCAGGUUUGUACAACAUGCUCAAACCAAUAUCUGGCUUUCUGCAACAUUCUCUUUAUCAGAAGCUGUCCAAUCCUGUUUUAAUUCAGUCCACCGUUUCUCAAAGUUUUGGCCGUAGUUCUCAUACCGGGAGCCCCUCCUCACACUUCUUUCUGAACAGGCUUACCAAUUAGAUGUAAAAGUGUGCUGAAUGCAAAUCAAGGUGAUGCUUACAGAGCUCUGUAUGAAGCUAUGGGUUUAGGGAUUUUUAACAACUUUCAAAGAACCCUUGGAUAGGUGUAAUGUGUUGUAGAAAUCCAGCCUAUGCAUUUCAAUAAAACAGAAUUUACAUUUUGCCCAUAAAUAUUUAUUUAUUAAUUAAAUUUACAUAGUUGUCCACAUACUGUAUGUGACUCUGGGUUGCGCACACUAUUAAAAUAAGAAAAACACAAUCAAAAUCAUCAAAAACCAAAACUAUUAAAAUACAAUUAAAACAGUUAAAACUAUAAUAAAACAAAAAAACAAAAACAAAAAAAACAGGAGAAUGCACUCAAAACUUACAAAAGGUACAACCAUUUUGCAGGCUCUGUAUUUUCAUGGGAACUCUGGUCUACUGACCAAAGUACGAACCAGGGCAGAAAAGGUUCCCCUCAUAAUUCUCUCAGGUGCAAUCCACAACAUGCCCCUCUUGCCCAUGGUUAUCAGACAUCUUUCAAAAGGAAGACAUAUCCCCCCUUUUUUCAUGUCUUCCAUUCAGCAGACAUAAUCUUAAAAUAAAAUAUUAUCCGGCUUUUUGAGAGUCUUGGAUUUUAGGCGGGGAGAAAGGGACUGUUCACAUAAAACAAGUCAUUCAAAUGUUCAUAUAUUACAACCUUAUGAAUUAUCUGCUUCUUUCCCCCCCCAUUCACUGACAGCUUAGAUUUACAUUAUUUAUUUCCUGAUUCCAGCUAUCAGCCUCAAUCCAGCCCCUCCAAAUUUAUGAUUGCUGUAGUCUGUACAUCACUUGACUUGUCAUACACUUCCAUGCUGAAAUUUAAAAAGCAUGUUGAUGUCAAUUUGCAAAGCUUAUGUUCUUAAAAAUAAAGAUUGGUUGAAAAAAUACUGCAGUUGAAAAACUGGUCUUUCUGAUGCUGGAAAAUAAUUUCAUAUACAUGUAUGCCUAAAUACAUUUUUUGCAGUUUUUCACUAUAAUUUUUGUCACAGAUGGCAAGGAAGUUAAACAGUUGGUGUGGCCUUCACACACACAUAUCCCCCUCGCACACAAUUUGUCUCCCUUUCCAACUAUCUAUGUCUUGCUUUGCCUGUUCAGAUAUCUGGUAACCAGGCCUGAUGGGAUAGGUAGAUAUAACUGGGGACAGCCAAUCUCUCAAAUAUGCAGGACUUUAAAUGUCAUAACCAGCAGCUUGAAUUGAACCUGGAAACAAACUGGCAACCAAAGCAAAGCAAAAGAGGGUUAUGUGCAAUUCUAAUUGCCUGCACUACCACAUUUUAAAGUACAAAUGCUUCUUUUCCCAAGCAAUGGAGAACUGGUAGGAGUAAGUGAACUUGCCCUUCUUCCUUCUUCUAUAUGGACAAGAAUUUGCAGCAGGAAUCACUCACAGGUUGCAGUGAGGACUCUAUGCUCUUUGCUGUGAUAAAUACAAGAAUAAAGAAUUUUGAAAAUGUAGCCUACUGUAUAUUGCUGUUUGUUUUUUCUUACCAAAAAUUGUGCAUAUAUUUCCUACCUGUCUUUUUUGCUUGCUUUUGAACAGCAACAAAUUAAGCUAAAAAAAUAGUUACUUAAUAAAUGGAUUUCUUGGGGAGCUAUUGAGAGUAAAUCAGUUUGCUGCAGCUGUCAAUAAAGCUAAUGCAGUCCUCGGCUGCAUCAACAGAGGGAUAGCAUCAACAUUACAAGUAGUGAUAAUAAUGCUUUAUAUCGCAGUGGUGAGACCACACUUGGAAUAUGGUGUCCAGUUUUGGUCAGCACAAUACAAAAAAGAUGUAGAAAGUAUGCAGAGAAGAGCAACAAAGGUCUGGAGACUAAAUCAUAUGAUGAACAGUUCAGGAAGUUAGGUAUAUCUAGUUUAUCAAAGAGAGAGAUUAGGAUUGACAUAAAAUGCAACACAGAAAAUGCAGGCGCUACUGGGCCCGCUUCACCAGUGUCUUGCUGUGGAGCGACCAAGCCAGUUUAUGAUGCCGUAUCUUGUACAAGUUCAUCAACUUUGAUUUGGUAAAUGAAUAGUGGUCAAAUGACUUAGCAAAAUGCUUAUGCCUUUCAGUUCAAGUCUGCAACAUAGUUGCCAGAAAACUGAUUUUUCCAUAUAUAUACCUGUUGAGGCUUUUUCACAUAUUAUCUAAGUCAAAACUUUUCUUUCCUUUAAUGCUAGAAAGGAGUGGGGUUUGUUCUGACUUUACACACAGUACUGUAGUUUUUGCCUGUCAUUGUUGGUGGGGGUGUUUUUUCUUCCUUGGUAGUUCUUUGAUAGACUGUUAUUUACUGCUUAUUUGUUUGGUAUUAAUUCUGUGUUAACCUCUGCUUAUCUGAGUGUUGUUUGCUGGUGAGCUGUUCUUGUCUUUUUAGCUUUUUUAUGUUUCUUUUGAAUGGUGUGCAAAUGUUAUUUACCUCUAUAUGCCUGUUGAUGGCUAAUUUGUCUGAAUGCUAGAUUUCCAGGAAUUGCCUGGCCUUUUUGUAUUUAGCUUGGUCUAGGAUGCCCCCAGUUUUCCAGUUGAAAUUAUGGUUGAAGUCUGUCCAUUGUUGUGAAAUUAAGGAGUUUUCAUUGUGACUUCUAACCUCUCUCUCACACCAACAUUGACAGGGUAAGCUACUGUAUAUAAACAGAGAGCAAACUCUACUUCUUUUUAACACUGAAAUGUUACCUUGUCUGGUAAUGAAAGCUCUGCAAGCAAACAACCAAGUUUAGAGAGCACCAAUUACUCCAUUGUUCAACCCUGAGCUAUACAUAUUCUCUUUUAUUGGUGCUUUUCUUCUAUUUCUGCAAAUUUAUCUCUCUUUCCCAUUCUUAUCCAAUUUAAAGAACUAUAUUAAUUAAAGGGAGUAAAUGUACCCUAGAACAUAUAUAUAAACAUAUAGUACAGUUUAUUUAAGAGGUCUAGCAGGUCUAGGUUUAUGCUGAAAUGCCUUGAAGCAAAACAGUUGACCAUGUUUACUUGCUUUAUUAAUUUACUUUCCACAGUUUAGUUAAAAUCCCUUAUGCAAAGCGGUUGCAUUACUGUCAUGCUUCAGGGAUUUAAUUUAGGGACUCUUAAUUUUCAGCUACAAAAGCUGUGGAGAAAUGGGAGAAUAAAAUUCAAGUUUUUGUUAUGGAACAUGAACACAAUUUCAACAGUAUAAAAAAGUAGAUUGUGCAUUCACCAAUUAGUACCAACAGCACUGGGACUAUAAUACAUAUCUUUUAUAGCUAACAUAGUUAUUAAUGACUAGAAAUGUUCAGAGUUGCAUUCUUAACAUUCCUAGAAAAUAGAUUGAGGAGAAGGACUGGUACAGAAGAUUGGUUUAGGGACUCACAUUUUUAAAGAUAGAUUUCACAAUUCUUUAUCUAACACAAACAUUUUCUGGGAUUUGAACUGUUAAACCUAAAAAUUGGGCCUAAACUUAAAGAUGUCUUUUUAAACAUUUAAAUUCCUGCAGGGCAGAAUAGUAUUGUUGAAGGUGGAGUUUUGAUGUGGAUUGCCAUUUCAAAAGAGAGCUGCAAUCAAUUAAUUUCACUUGGUACCCCAAACCAUCCAGAAUAGGUAAUAUUUAAAGCCCAAGACUUUUCAUAAAUGAAAGUGAGAUAUAAUUUAAUGCAUGUCAGCCCUAAUUUAACACUUUUGAUCAGUGACAUUUAAUUUUCUCAGCCUGUUUGAUGAUAAUAAUUGCUAGAAGCCCAGCUGUUACUGACUGAAGCUCCUAACAAGUCUGCUUUAAUUUUUCAUCUUUUGGAAUGUCUUCCAUUGUCAAAUUAAGUGAAGUAGUAUUAUUUCUUUGAACAAGAAUACUAAAAAUCAUGGCCCACUUCAAAAACUGAUCUUCAAGAAUUGGCACUACUUAGGAUACAUAGUCUGGACUUGAGGGGAUCUAAAGUACUACUGCUUAAUUUUCAAAUGUUUCUUUUUAGUUAAAAAGACAUAGUAGAUACACAGGCAGAAUUUUCAAAAAAAAAAAAAAAAAAGGGAGGGGGGGAAGGUCCUGAGCUCAUAUUGUGUAAAGACAAUCUGUUAUUUAACUUGCUUGUCUAUUCUUCAUCAUAGAUUUCACUCUUUUUCUUAAAUUGUGCUUUCAUGUAAACUUAAUUUCAUCAUAAGGAGUUCAUGCCAAAAGAUGAAGCCAAAAAGACUACAUAGUACGAAGAUGUUGAGGCCUAGUAUGACUUAGAUAAUAGAAUGAUCUCUACAUCUUUAACAUUUUUAUUUGAAAUAAGUUACCCAAUCUGUUCAAUAUUUCUGGGUUGUUUUUUUUUUUUUGGUGAAGAGAAAAUUAAAUUUUGAGAUCCUAACACAAUUAAAAGUCACAACAAAUCACACCUUAAGCCAGGCUCAGUGUCUGAAGAGAAAAUGGUUUUAUUACCUAUUGCACUGUGAGCCAUACUUGGAACAACCACUCUUAAAUUCAAAUGGACACUAUUGAUUUUACAUUUUCAAUGAAGUUCUAAAAUCUGCAGAGCUGUACAAUAACCUAAAGAAAGAUAUCAUCUAAUAAUCUUUUUUAAGAGGUAAGGACUACACAUUGACAAAUAAACAACAGCACAAGACUAGAUUCCGUUCCCCCCCCCUUUGUUUUCAGUUGUUAAACCCUUGGGAAUUGGUAAGCCUUGCUAAUAUAUGGCACAUCAUUUCAAAUAACUGUCAACAGACUUGGACCUUCUCUUGCCUCUGACAGAUCUAAACUAGUCUUUCACAAAUGCCUAUCACAAGACAAGUCAUGCUAACAAGAAAUCACAGGAGUCAUGGCCUGCCUUGAGAGCACCAACGGGAGAAAUUCAUACCAUAGUAUUUCUUGACUGGGUUUGCAGAUUUCAAUAUAUAACAAUAUUUUUUUAACAUUGCCCUACUGUGUUGUGUUAAAAAGCCCAAUUGUUUUGCAAACCAUAGUUUAUUAAUUAUUAAAUGACUCUGAACAGCUCCCCAUAUGCAAAAGGAUAGAAUUUCAUAAAAACAAACCAACACACAUCUAUAAAACAAUAACCUUUCAAAGAAAAAGCAGCAUUCAUCCGUACCUGACUCCAAUUUAAAGAGGCAAUUCAUCUUAAUCCAAAUCCUGGGAAAGAGCCAGGUUUUGAUGGCCAAGGUGAAUCUCCACAGGGACAGGUGAGAACAAUAGAGAUGUCUACCUCCAAGGGUUUCUUGGAUGAUGUUGCUUAAUGAAUGGGACCUAAACCAAACUUAGUUGGAAGGUUCAGGAUGGGAGAUAAGCCAUCCUAAGUAGCCAGGCUUACACAAUAGGGAUAUGAUGGGAUCUGUAUAUUCAAGAAAUUAUGGUUAAUUCAAUUAUGCAUGCUUAUAAUAAAGCAGAGUUUAGCAAAGUUAGUGCAUUUCUUUCUUUUAUACAGACCAUUACAUAAUCAUGAAAAACUUAAAAGAUACCCAGAUAAGCCAUAAAUGAACAUUGCAGUGCUCAUAUGAACCCUAACAUAGAUGAAUUAUUUUAGAUUUUAAAAAAUAAUGUAAUUAAAAUAAUAUAUUUAGUAGGCUGGAAUAACAGAAAAUGGUCAAAUAUCACAAGAUUAUAAUGUUACCAACUGAAAAUUUGCAAGGGAUCAAAAUGUUUAACAUUAAAAAAAAGAAGCACCUGUGCUAAAAAUAUGCAAUAUUAACCCCCCCCAUCUCCAGAUCAGUGGAGAUAUUUAGAAUACAAACUUGGCACAGUUUGUAAACCUAGCCAUUUUUUUCUUUAAUCAGUCUUUUCCACUGAAAUGCUACACUGGAUAUUUUAUUGUUCCAAUAGGUCAGCUAAGUCUUGCUCAGAACAGCACCAAAUAAUUGCAACCGGCUGCUAGAGUGAUACUGUGCUAGGUCAAUUUUUUACUGAUGUCUAAAUUUGCUAGAUGAAACAAAGCAAAUAAUUAAUAUGCAACAAUUCUUUAUAUUGUGAAAAUAACUCCACAAAUCUGUCCUCCACCUCUGCUCUAGGUAAGAGAUAGCAACUACUGCAUAUACUGUACAUUUCCAUUUUUUUUUGUUUCACUUUGGCAUUAGAAUGACUCAUUCUGCCUGAAUGGAUUGCAUUUUUUAAAAAAUUGCUGUUCAGGAGCUGGUGAACUUUCCAUCUGACAAACUAUUAGAUAGAAUUUUCUUGUCAAAACCAUCCAUGUACAAUUAAAUGGCUACAUUUCUUCCAUCUCAUUUCUUCUAGAGUUAUUGAUCUGCUGCUCUUAUAUACCAUGUUAGAAAUCCAGGGUCACCAAAAGCAAAGCUCCUAAUAAAUUUGCCCACAAGACCAGAAUCAAAAUGGUGACAAGGGAGGUAUGCCACUUUUCUGCAGGGUGGAUUUUGUAUUUGUAUAAAUGUGCAGAUAAUCAGAGGAGCUAGUCUAAAAGGUGAUCCAUGCUUGAAAUCAGUAUAACUGAUUUUAUCAAGUUUGCUUUCAAAACCUAACCUGGAUUUCCAAUACUCUCCAAAAUGCUUCCUUAAAUAACAAUGCUUGCUGGACCUACCAUCUUCCUUAUAUGGCACAUUGAUGUUAAGAUUCAUUAAUCUGGAAUAUCUAUUUCUAUAUAUCCUUUGUUUCUUAUGCAGAAUAUGAAAAAUAUAUAAUUAAUUUGAAGCAUUAUAUCACAGUGAGAAAUUAUUGCUGCAACUGUGCAACAUUUUGGCCUCAGUGGCUAAAAGAUAUUUUGCAGUUAUCAGAUCAGGAGACAUGAAUGUUGUAUCUCUUUGCAACUUCCAAAAGCAGCUAUGAUUUUCCUAGAAUUUUGUAAUUCUAGUAGAAUUUGGCUAGAAUUUAGGAUUACAGCUCAUGCCUCUUAACUAAUAAAGCCUUUUAAACUGUUUUAAUUAUCUAACUGAACACCCUUAGCAGCAAUAUUGGGGGGGGGGAGACCUCUAUUUACUCUUGCUUUCUCAAUAGUUAUCAAGAUAUUUUUCCUUAUAUAUUCAGUUUUCUGAGUAAUGCAACCAGGACCACAUUUUGUUCCCUUUUAUUAUCAAGAAUUGCCACCCUGCUUAAAGGGAACUUUUAAUAUAGAAGAUUAUUCUUGUCAGUCUCGUAUUCCAAAACGCCUGGUUCAUUUAAUGUCAGUUAAAUAGUAUUGUUUAGAAAGCACAUCCCCAUAAUUUAUAGUAUCAAGGUGACAUAAAAAGUCAGUCUUAUUUGAAAUUUUAAUGGCUUAUGGUGUUGAAAAAUUUUAGUAUCAUUGUCUUGCAGUUGUGACUUUUUAUCUUGUUGAAAUAAUAGUCUUUUGAAAGAUGUGUUGAGAUGUCCUGCCUGUGAAUUCCUUUUGAUAUUGCUGACACUGAAGGUGUAUCAAGAUAAAUGAUUAUCAGAAAAAUUGUUUCUAACUUAGAUAAUACCCCAGAUGUUAAGCACAGAUCUGCAGUUACCUUUCAAUUGAUUUACAGCAUGGAGAUGAUUCAACCAUUUUGAUAAUUAGUAUUAUUUUUUCUCAAGUUUCAGAAAUACAUAGCAUAAACUUAGAGAUGUUUACUUAGGAAUAAAG